CAAAAUUGACAAAAAUACCCUUUUCUCUCACAAUGAUGCCUGCUUUCCUUUUGGUCUAGCUCGCUCACAGAAUGCUCGCCGGCAAUUGCCUUCUCCCUCAUCACCUGGUCAUCCCUCCGGUGACCACCGUUCAUGGCGGUUGCUACCAUCCUUCCAAACGAAAGCCCACGCGAUUCCAUUCUAACAGGCUCCGGCUUGUGAUGUCGCUCAACCAAACCCCGCAGCGUUCAAAUUCAACUUCGUCCAUAGUGAAUUCACUUACGAAGCUCCUGUGGGGCCAAUCUCUCCCACCAGGUCUCCUCAUCGCCACCGUUCGUACGGCAUGGAACUCCACGUGGCAGCUCAUGAUGUCCCAGCUGGCUCCUUCCGAUCCCUCCGGUGGCUAUUCAAGACCCCCUUCCAAGUUCGGAGCCUCCCGACUCUCCGUCUCGAGCCAAACCCGCCUCCAUCUCUACGUCGGCCUACCCUGCCCCUGGGCCCACCGAACCCUCAUAGUCCGAGCCUUGAAGGGCUUGGAGGAGGCGGUGCCAGUUUCUGUUGCUUCACCAGGGCUGGACGGAUCAUGGGAAUUCAAACACAUCCGUGUUGGGGAAAAGGAUAAGCUUAACCCCACUUUGGAUAAGGCGAAUGGGUGCAAGAGGUUGAAGGAAGUUUAUAUGCUGAGAAGCGGUGGUUAUGAUGGAAGAUCCACGGUGCCAAUGCUAUGGGAUACUGUUAAAAAGGACGUCAUAUGCAAUGAGAGCUAUGAUAUUAUUGAAUUAUUCAAUUCCGAGCUGAAUGGGUUGGCUUGCAAUCCAAAUUUGGAUCUUUCGCCCCCUGAACUGAAGGGAAGGAUUAAGGAAUGGUAUGAGAUGAUAUAUCCGAAUGUGAACAACGGGGUAUACAGGUGUGGGUUUGCGCAGAGCCAGGAGGCAUAUGAUAGAGCAGUGAAGGACUUGUUUCAUACGCUGGACAUGUUGGAAGAUCACUUGGGCGGGUCGCGAUACUUGUGUGGAGACGGACUUACACUUGUGGAUGUAUGCCUGUUUACUACUCUGAUUCGAUUCGAUCUUGUGUAUAACGGAAUUUUCAAAUGCACCAAGAGGAAGCUCCUCGAGUAUCCUAACCUGCACGCCUAUAUGCGUGACAUUUAUCAGAUUCCAAAGGUGGCAGAAACCUGCAAUUUUACUGAAAUAAUGGAUGGUUAUUACAAAAUCCUUUUCCCACUCAAUCCAGGGUGCAUUACACCAAUCAUGCCAUCGGGUUAUGAUCCUCAAGUCCUUGGCAGACCUCACGGCAGAGAAUCAUUGUCAUCCGCUGCGCCAGUAUUUGUCAAAUAGAAAUCACGUCUUUAACAUAGGAUGUCAUUGUACAGUAUGCCUUUACCUGA